AUGGGCAUAGAGGUUCAUUUCACCAAUGGAUUAAGGAAAAUCAAGCCAUACUACCAUUCCAGAACUUGUUUCGCCAAAGGAAGGUGGCUGAACAGGACUCUUUUGGACGUUCUAUCUAAUGAGUUUAGGACGUUGAGCAGAGAUGAUUACUUAAAUAGAAUUAUCCAAAAGGACUUUCAGCUGAUCAGGGAAGGCGAGCCACUUUCCGUUGAACAGACCCUCAAUGCACUUAUACAAAACAAGGAUUUGGUUAAGACAACUGACCACAAACACGAGCCGCCAGUACGCCAGUGGAGUGCAGAUGAGCUUACCACGGCCACCCAGAUAGCGGGGAUGGAUAUUAUUCACGAAGAUGAGAAUUUUCUUGUCAUAAACAAGCCAUGCGGGAUUCCUGUUCAUCCAACUGGUCAGUAUUUUCAGAAUACAAUUACUGAAAUUCUAAGCGGUGCAGGGAAAACAGCCUUUCCAACUCAUCGCCUGGACAAGAUUACAUCUGGAGUAUUAAUAUUAGCGAAAAAUUGUUACACUGCAAACAAGAUACAAGCGAAAAUAAGAUCCCGAGAUAUGCGUAAAGUAUAUCUGGCAAGAGUCCGAGGGAUGUUUCCACAUGCAAGCUCAGACAUCCAGUACUUCUCAUCCGAUGAGCUGUUCCAACAAUCUGAUAAAGUAACAAAAGUGGACUCACCAAUAUUUACGGUAGAACCCAAAAAAAGAUUUCGAGCGGGGCUUUCUCCUGCAAGGGAAGCGACGACCAACUUUUAUCCCAUAAGAUAUAUCGCCGCCUCUGAUGAAACUGUAGUGGCAUGUCAGCCGUUGACGGGAAGAACUCACCAAAUUAGAAUACACUUGGCAAGACUAGGGCACGCCAUCAGUAAUGAUCCUUUUUACAAUUACCAGAAUACCUUGUACCCCAAGCGACUUCAGUUCAUGUUGGACGUGGAAAACUGGGAAACCUCUGGUUUGAGUGAGAAUCAGCUGUCAGAAAGAUUUCACGAAUUUGUUAUCGAGUGUGAAGAACUCCAAAAAAGGCGUACGCAAUCUGAGUUUUCUGAGAAAUGCAUGUAUUGCGGUACUCCAAGUAUCCCUGAUCCAACUCCUGAGACGCUAGAAUUAUAUCUGCAUGCUUGGAAGUAUUCUGACAUUGAAGGAAAACUUUCAUUUGAAAGUGCUCUGCCUAAGUGGGCAUCGGAACAUGACACGAAAUAA